AUGACACGCGCAGAAAUCCAGCGGCAGGCAUCUGCACGUUGGCUUUUAAAGCCAGGUGUACGAGCUGCACAAAACGAAAAGGCACGUGUACGGAUGGCAAGGAAGCGCGCGAGUACUCGCACGGAACGGCGCCACGAUUCAGACGAUCAACACGAGUCAGAGCACCUCGCUGGUAGUGAUGAAUCUCGUGGCGUCGAACGGACCAGCGUUGAACGGACCACUAUCGAAGAUGUUCGCAUUGCCAUUAGCGAAUGGCAGUUCAACUGGGGCCCGGAAUACACAUGGGAAAAACAGUUCAACGACCGCCUGCGUGCUCAACAAGAACGCAACUCAACCUUUCGUUCGGUGGACACAUUCUUCGGCAUUUGCGAGGAUCAUGUUCAGUCGGGGCGGGAGAUACUCAGCGAUCUCAGGAAAAUAUCUGUUGGCUAUUGCAGGAAUGGCAGGGUGAUUAAGGAUAAGUUCAUUCAGAUAUACGAUAUGCUCACCAUCGUGUUAUCGGAGGUGAAGUUCUUCGAAGUUAAACUUGACGAAUAUGCCCCUUCCAUACCUGCUUCGAGGCUCUCAUCUGUACGCUACUAUGAACGAGCUUAG